AUGAACAUCCCGGCGACGAUGCGCUCGCUUGUGGCGACGCGAAAGGGCGGGCCCGAGGUCUAUGAACUACGAGAGCUGCCGGUGCCGAGCAUCACGCUGCCGACGCAUGUGCUCCUGAAGAUACACGCGGCGGGCGUCAACACCGGGGAGCUGCAGGCUGUCAGGGGAAAGCUGGGACUGUUUUACACCCCGACCCCCCUGUACAUGAACCGAAGAGCAAUGAUAUCUAACGGGGGGGUGGGGAGUGGCAGUUAUCCAACGCAGCUCGGCGUGGAGGGCGCCGGCGUCGUCGUGGCCGUAGGAAGCGCCGUCAAGGACCUCAAGGCCGGCGACGAGGUCUACGGCGCCUACAUCGACAAGCCCAUGUUCGUGAACCCGCCGCCGGGCUUCCUGUCCGAGUACGCGCUGGCCGAGGCGCGCUUCCUGCUGCGCAAGCCGGCGCGCCUGUCCUUCGAGGAGGCGGCCGGCAUGGCGACGCUGGUCACGACGUCGUACCAGACGUGGCGGCGCGGCCUGCAGCUCAUGGGCGCGGACAGCCUCGAGGGCAAGACGGUCUUCAUCCCGGCCGGGCUGAGCGGGACGGGGGCCAUGGCGGCGCAGACGGCGCGCAACGUGUUUGGCGCGACCAACAUCAUCACGACCGUCUCGACCAGGAAGAUGGCGCUGGUGGAGCGGUAUCUGCCGGGCGUGUACGACCGCGUGAUUGACUACCAGACGCAGCGGCCGAGGGACGUGGUGCCGCCCGGCAGCGUGGACAUCAUGUACAACACGCAGUGGGACAGCAUGGACGACGGCAUCCCGCUGCUCAACCCCAAGACGGGCGUCCUCGUGUCCAUCUCCAGCACGCCGUCCAAGGCCACGGCGAAGCGGAUCAUCGGCGAGCAGCGGUGGCGGUGGUGGCACGCGGUGGUGCUGGACCUGUCGCAGCUGGUGUACUGGUGGAAGCUCCGGGGCACGAGCAUCAAGUACGAAAUGGUGUCGGGCAGCCUCGACAUUCGCGAGGACCUGGAGAAGGCGGGCGAGAUUGUGGCGCUGGGCAAGGUGAAGCCGGUGAUGAGGGUCGUGGACCUGUGGGAUCUGGAGGCGGUGCGCAAGGGGUGCGAGGAGGUGGUUUACGGCAAGGGAGGGAUUGGGAAGCUGGUGGUGAGGGUUGUGUAG